UGUUGGGGGUGGGUUUAGGGCCGGUCAUGUUGGUGCUGCCGCCCGCCCGGUUGUUCCGCGAUGUUCCGCCUGCUGCGCCUGGGCCCGCAUUGCCCGCCCGCAUUGCCCCGCAGCGCUGUGUCCCGCAGCGCUCUGCCCGCCGCCGCCUUCCAUGCCCCGGGCAACCAGCAGCGCUCCGGUCGCCCUCUCCUCGUACCGCCGCACCCGUGCUGGGUAACGCUGCGAGCCGCCGCCGGCAGCACUGCUAAGGAUGCAGGAUCCCCUGGAAAGGCAGCCACGGAUCUCAGUGGUGAAAACAAGAAACUCAACAAAUCUCAGCAGCUGAAACAAGUCUUCAAGCAAUAUGGUGCUGUAGGAGUGUCAUUCCAUGUUGGAAUUUCAUUAAUAUCCCUAGGAAUCUUCUACGUGGCUGUGUCAAGCGGUGUGGAUAUGACUCCAGUUCUCAUCAAACUUGGUUUCAGUGAAUCAUCAUUGCAAUCUAAAAUGGCUGCUGGUACAAGCACGUUCGUGUUGGCAUAUGCCAUUCACAAGCUGUUUGCACCGGUACGAAUCAGCAUCACUGUGGUUUCUGUGCCAUUUGUUGUCCGAUACUGCCGGAAGAUUGGUUUCUUCAAACCUCCUGCUCCAAAGCCAUGAUAAUUCCUUAUUAUUAUUAUUUAAAUGUUUAAUAUUCUUGUUGUUCUUCAGUUCCUUUGAAUUCAUGCUAAUGACCUUCUCUUGCAUUUCUCUGGCUUGUUCAUUCAGGUGAAUGUGAAAAGUGCUGUCCUCAUCUUCUUUCCCUUUAUAAAAAGCUCUUGAAGUAGUCUGGUUUGCACUGCAAGUGCUAAUAUAAAUGCCUGACAAUGUGCAGUCUCUUGCAAAAACCAGACGUAGAAUCCUGGAUUUAUUUUCUAGAUUUUUGGAUCAUUUAUGUUUUUCAUGCCAAAAUGCAGUUGCAGUUUCUUACUGUGCAGUUUGGAAAUAGAGUAAGAUUCCUAAUAGUAGAAUACUAGUUCUUCCAUGGACCGUGUAAAUAGUUCUAUUGGUAAGUAGGUGUACAGGGAUCUAAGGUGCUAUGCGAGUGUUUAUUUUAUUGCAGAAGGCGUAUGUUAUGAUCCCAGUCCUGCAAUCCAACACACAUUCCAAACUAAAUGUAGCGAGAGUACCUAUGUGCUUAAUUACUGCACAGAGAUCAUUGUUUUAGCUAGAAGAAGCAACACACCUCUGAAAUCAUGGCUCCUUGGUGGUGCUUCCAUAUCGCAAGAUUUUGUUGUUUGAAACUAUGCUUUUCUGACCUUUCUAAGGUCUUUUUUUCUUUUGCGUUUUAAAUCCUACAGACUCAUAAUGAGUCUAGUGAAAUCACUGUAACCAGAAUUACCUCCUAUUGAAUGUAUUCCAAAGAUAAAGUGAAGCAAAGUAUUGGUGGUGUUGAGACCUGGCUUUGUUAUUGGGCACAUCUUGUUGGUCUCUUUUGGGGUUUUCUUUUUAAGCUGGCUGUUAACUAUGGGGGUGUUCUGCUCCUGUGGGUGAAUCUCUGAUCCUCACCAGAAGCCCAGAUGUUGCAAUUCACAACUUCUCAAAAGCAAUUCUCCUGCCUUUGUCUGAUAGACUGUGGACUGUACCAACUCAUGGUGUAAUUCAGUUCCUUAUUUGGGCAGUGUUCUUACUGAACUGUGUCGUCAUGUAACCACUUUUCCGUUAACCUAAAAAUUGGAUCUCAAAUCUGUGUAUUCAGCUUAAUGUUGUAUGCUAAACGUGGGUUUCAGACUUCAGACUGUGCUUCUGUGAGGUGACUGAAGCCACAUCUGAGUCUGUUCUCCCUUCCUCAUCUGUUCUUUUGACAUUGUCUGCCUCUGUACUUGUGCUUAUCAUUUAUACCAUGGUGGCUCUGACACAGGUCUGUGUAUACAGGAAUCUGAACUAAAAUGGCAGAGAGCUACUCUGAUCAUUGAAGUAUUCUUUUGCUAAGCUGUCUUUUUGAAAAGAAAUACUGCUUGAGGGAAGGAGGAAUGAGGCAGGUCUUUGUCACGAGCAAGUUAUUAAUGCUCAGACAUUAAAUUGCAUCCUUAGUUCAUCAGUGUGAAUAUUAUAUUUGUUACUGGGAUGGAAGUUUAUUGCUGGCUAAUUCAACAGCUAAAAAGCUGCAGGGACUACAUAGCAAACAGGGGGAUGCUGUGUAGUAACAACAUGCAGCCACCACCUCUAGUUUUCUGAUCUACAGCCUGAGGCUGGAUGGAAAUAAUUCAUGCUUUGCACCUCUUUGAAAUUUCAAGUCUGACUUUGGCAUGUCUUGCUUCAUUUUCCAAGAAACAUGUUCAUUUCUAUGAGUUCUCUCACUGUUCAGGUUAUUGUUCUGUCAUCUAAGGGUAACUAAAGGAUUCCAUCGUAAUCAAAUAAUGACAGCCGUGCUUUAUUUGAUCAGUGAUUUCUAACAAGUAGAUCAUGUCCUGAAGCUGAUAAAACUUUUUCUUUCCUGUUCCUAGACUGUUUCUAUAAAACAAGACUCAUUUAAAGCAAACGUACCUGGAAGUUAUUAAGAGGUACAAGCACUAUAGGUUUUGUUGUGGUAGUAGGAAAACACUUCAUUUAAACUGUGACCUGUAAGGUAAAGAUGGUUGUAUAAACUACUGGCACUUUUAGAUGAGUUUUUGCUAAAUAUUUUACAGUGAUUUGAGAAUAUAUUUUGAAAUGUAGAAUCCUUGCUUGUAAAGGAACUUUUUAAAAUAGUUUGUAAAGUAGUAAGAGACCUCCCAUGGCUCCUGAUAAUGACAAAAUAAAUUGCUUUCUCAGA